AUGGCGGACUCCGAAUUGCCCACUCGCCCCAAGCCCGAGGAGACCGGCGCGCCCGCCGCUCCCGCCGCGGAAGGUGACUCUAAGAGCGCCAGCAAGAAUGCGGCGAAGAAGGCCGCAAAGGAGAAAGCCAAGGCUGAGAAGGCCGCUGCCCGCGCUGCACAGGAGAAGGCUCAGGCUGCUGCUCAAGAAGCCAAUGACACCGCCAAGCACCUCUACGGCAAGCUCCCCGAAUCCGACGAUGUCAACCCCACCACGCGAUUCACCGACUUCACCGACGAAGAGAAGGAGGUUACUGUUGUCGCCCGUGUGGACAAUGCGCGCGUGCAAAGUGCCAAGCUUGCUUUCCUGAUGCUGCGCCAGCAGGGUCAGAAGAUCCAGGCCGUUAUUGCGGCCGCCGAGCCUAUCUCUCGACAGAUGAUCAAGUUCACCGGUGGACUGAACGUCAACUCCAUUGUUCAGGUUACCGGUCUGAUCAAGAAGCCCGAAAUCCCCAUUUCCUCUGCCACCAUCCAGCACCUUGAGAUCCACAUCCGCAAGGUGUACAUGAUCUCUGAAGCCGCGCAAAUGCUGCCCAUGCAGGUCAAGGAUGCCGAGCGCCCACCACCCGUUGAGACUGCCGAUGAUGCCCCCCAGGUUGAUUCUGAGGGUGCCCCCAUUGUUACCCUCAAGACCCGUCUGGACAACCGUGUCCUGGAUCUCCAAACCGAGACCAGCCAGGCCAUCACCUGGAUCUCCAGUGGUGUUGCCCAGCUGUUCUCCGAGUAUAUGAUCAAGAGCGGUUCCCGGUGGAUUUUCACCCCCAAGCUGGUCGGCGCGGCCACCGAAGGUGGCAGCAACGUGUUCGAAGUCAAGUACUUCAAGCGUACUGGUUACCUCGCUCAGAGCCCUCAGCUGUACAAGCAGAUGUGUAUCGCCGGUGAUAUGGAGAACGUGUUUGAGAUCGCUCCCGUUUUCCGUGCGGAGGACAGCAACACCCACCGUCACUUGACCGAGUUUGCUGGUCUUGAUUUCGAGAAGACCUUUGAUCACCACUACCACGAGGUUCUUGAGUUCGCUGAGGAUCUCCUGGUCUUUAUCCUCUCCCAGCUCAAGGAGCGCUACGCCGCCCAGAUCGCUACCAUCCAGAAGUCUUACCCCAAGGCCGGUGACUUCAAGCUGCCCAAGAACGGCAAGGCUCUGCGUCUGAACUACAUGGAUGGUGUUGCCCUGCUGAAGGAGGCUGGCGUCGACAUGUCGGAGCAGGAACGCUUCGAGAACGACUUCAGCACCGCCAUGGAGAAGCAGCUUGGACAGAUCAUUCGCGACAAGUACGACACCGACUUCUACGUUCUGGACAAGUUCCCCAUGGCUGUCCGUCCCUUCUAUACCAAGGCCGACCCCAGCGAUGCUCGCUUCUCUAACUCGUACGAUUUCUUCAUGCGUGGUGAGGAAAUCAUGUCUGGCGCCCAGCGCAUUAACGACAUCACCGAGCUCGAGGAGUCAAUGCGCUCCAAGGGUAUGGACCCUACCCAGGAGGGCUUCGAGGACUAUCUCAAUGCUUUCCGCCAGGGUUGCCCACCUCACGCCGGUGGUGGUCUGGGUAUGAACCGUAUUGUCAUGUUCUUCCUAGGCCUGCCGAACGUGCGUCUGGCGUCGCUGUUCCCCCGUGACCCCCAGCGCCUGCGCCCUUAG